GUGUCGCCCGAAAGUAAAACCGACGGCGCUUCCUGGUGCGGAGUUUCCUCAUCAUAAAAGACAGGGGGACACGGGGAAACUCCAAAAGUUAAGCUCGGGUCGGGCCACGGAAGCGGUUGUCGUCAUUUUACGUCGAUAGUCGUGAAGAAUGUCAGAGAAAAGCAAAACGUCCAAGGACGUGUCCCCGUCCUCAUCAAGGGUGAUCUGCGUGGUCUUCGUCCUUCUGCUGCUGGACCUGCUCGGGUUCACCCUCAUCUUACCUCUGCUGCCCUCCAUCCUGGACCACUACGCAAACGCAGAGGAUGCCACCUAUCAAUCGCUCCAGAGCGCCUUGGAUGUCUUCAGAGAGCUGCUUGGCAUUCCCAUGGAAAAGAAGUACAACUGCGUCCUAUUCGGAGGUUUGAUCGGCUCAGUUUUUUCCUUGCUGCAGUUCUUGUCAUCUCCAAUCACUGGCGCUCUGUCGGAUUGCUAUGGCAGGCGACCUUUACUCCUACUUACUACAGUGGGGAUCACGUCUUCCUAUGUGGUCUGGGCUUUGUCCCAGAGCUUUGCCAUGUUUCUUUUGUUCCGGGUAAUUGCGGGCAUGUGCAAGGGCAACGUCAGCCUCUGCACUGCCAUCGUGGCUGACUUGGCUGACCCCAAAGCUCGGAACCGUGGGAUGGCCAUGAUUGGUUUGGCCUUCUCGGUGGGCUUCACCGUAGGACCUCUGAUAGGGGCAUACUUGGGCGUGACUUCCAAAACCGCCGGACACGUCUUUUUCCAGACGCCAGCGUUGCUGGCAUUGGCCUUCAGUGUCGCUGACCUUAUUUUUAUUUGGCUCAUGCUGCCCGAAACGCUUACAGAGCAUGCCAAGGGUUCCAAUUCUGGGUUUGGGCACUUUCGAGACCUGCUCAGCCCUUUGGCAUUGUUCAGCUUUUCUGCUGUCACAAGAACCAAAGAUCCACCCUCAGAAACAAGAAUGCAGAGGCUCAAAGUGUUGGGCUGUGUUUAUUUCUGCUACCUCUUCCUGUUCUCUGGCCUGGAGUUCACGCUGAGUUUCCUCACGCACCAACGCUUCCACUUCACUAGCAUGCAGCAGGGUAAGAUGUUCUUCUUCAUCGGCGUGACCAUGGCGUCCAUCCAGGGAGGAUAUGCACGCCGAAUCAAAUCAGGACAACAUGUCAAAGCUGUCCGCAUGGCCAUCGCCGCCCUGAUCCCAGCAUUUAUUCUCAUUGGACUUUCUUGGAACAUCACCAUGCUUUACGUGGGCUUGGCGCUCUAUUCCUUUGCGGCAGCAGUUGUGGUCCCAUCCCUCACAACGCUUGUCUCUGAACAUGGCACAGCUAGUCAGAAAGGCACAGUGAUGGGCAUCUUGCGAAGUCAAGGCGCCCUGGCCAGAGCUCUGGGGCCUGUAGUUUCUUCCUCUGUUUACUGGCUAGCCGGAGCACUAAUCUGCUACCUUGUCACGUCGAUCUCCUUUGUGGUACCUCUGAUUCUGCUGAGCACAGCCUGAUGACAGCCCAUACUACUCAUUUUGGUUCAUUUUGACACUAUGGAUGUCUUUGUGUUUACUCAUUUGUGAGGGAGUUCACACAAGAUGCGAGAACAAGUCCAGCAAUAGGAGAAGAGAGUGUGUGUGUGUGUGUGUGUGUGCGUGCGUUAAGGUUUUAUACUGUAAUAUUUUUGUCACUUUAAAGAACAAGCAUACUGUUUAGUUGCCUUUAAAGUCUAUUUUCUUAUUAAAAUGAGAGAGCAUUUGUCUGCUUAAAGAAAUGUAUACUUUUUACUGUAAAAUGUAUCUCAUGUAACUAUACUGUAUUUAAAUCU